AUGAAAAUUUUCAAGAUCUUAAAAUAGAUGGAUGUGUUUGGAGCGCCACUGUUUUAAAGAGUAGAUCAGAAUGCUUAAAUAUAUAAAAGUAUAUUUGGAGGGGUAAUAUCAUUAUUGAUUUUUUCAUCAAGUUUAGCCUAUGCAAUUUGGGAAUUCUACAAGUGGAAUACUUAUUAAUUAAAUCCUAAAGUAUCCACAUUUCUUUAUGCAUCUGAUUUUUCAUUGCUAGAUUAGAAUUAUGGAAUUAUAAAGAUUAAUUAUUGGAAAGACCAUAAUGAUAAAAUUGAUCCUUUCGAGAGCAAAAUAUUAAUACCUUUAAUUAGUUACACAGAAAAUUAUGUUGUUGUUGAUACUGAGGUACUCAAAUUUUCUAAUGAAACAAGUUACAAUGGAAAUUAAUUUCUGAUACCUUAAAUGAAACUUGGAUUUUCUUAAAUAAAUGGCUCUUUAAUGACUACUUCAGAGAUGUAUAUUUACUUUGUGAAAUGUUCAGAAGAACUAUUGAACGAAAAUGAAAAAUGUGCAUCCCAAGAAAUAAUAGAUGAUUUCUUUAAAUAACCAUUAAAUACGAUAGUAAUGCAAAUUCAUUACAAUUAAUUAAACUCUAAAAACUUGUCAAUCGAAUAAAGUGUUUAAGAAUUUUUAAUUCAAAUUGAAUAAGAGAACUGCUAUACCUUGAAUACAUAUCUUUAGACAACAAAUUAUGAAGUGAGAGAUUAGUUUCUUUUUGGAGAACCACAUCAUUAUGAAUUUGUUAAUGGAGUCUAAAUCCAACCUCAAACUAAUUCUGUACCUUAUUGUCGGUAAGCAUUUGGUUAUGAUACGUACUCUGUAGUCUAUAUUGAGAUGAGAGGGAAUUAGUAUAAAACAAUAUUGGAAUACCCAAACAUUGCAGAUAUAUUGGCAAAUAUAGGGUCAAUUGUGUCAGUAUUAUUUAUGGCUAGAAUUCUAAUAACAUAAUUAAAUUCUUAUUUCUUGCAUUAAUAGGUCAUACAUAAUUUGAUCUCAUUUUAUUACCCUUAAUUCUAAAAUAUCAAAAUAUUUAAAAAUUGGAAAUAGCAGAUUAUAAAAGUACAAUUAAAAAAUGAGCAAAUAGAUCCAAGAGAAUUUGAACACUUUUACAGACACAUUAAAAGUUAGAUGGAAUUGAAAAUGACACUUUUAAAUAUACUCUAUGAAAUAUCGAGGCUUUAUUUUUUAAUACGAUCAAUAAAGGUAAGAGAAGAAAUAGAUCGAUGUCACUCAAUUGGAAUUAGUUUAAGUUCUAUUUGCCAGUAAAAUCAUGAAAUAGAGUCUACACCAAAAUCCACCUCAAGAAAAUCAGAAUGGCUCUUAUUAAAUAAUUUAGAUGUUAAUAUUUUGUCUCUUACUCAAAGAACGCAUUAGAGGUUAGAAAGCAUUGAAAAUGAAAUUCCAAUUGAGCAGAAUGAUUACUAUAGCCUUAACACUAUAUAUUCCUGA